AUGGAGUUGCGAGGAAUGCUUAAAAAUAUCUCCCGAAGGUCCUCAUUUAUCACACCUGAUAAGGAUAUUGAAGAUGAUGAAAGUGAGAAUGAAAUUACUGGGAAUCAUCAACUAAUUGAUGCCAAGAAGCUGGCCCGGGAUAUAUGCCGAGAAGUACAGAAAACCUUUCGCGAAGAAUUUUGUAACCUGGAGAGCACCCUCGAGUUCCUGAGCGAACAGCUAACGACAAUGGAACAGGCAAUAAACAAACAGGACAGCAAAAUCAAAGACCUCGAACAUAAAAACCAGGAACUUUCUAACAAAAAUAAGAAUUUAGAACUAAAAAUUGAUGCUCUGGAACAAGUAUUUAAGAAUUUUGAACAAAAAUCACUCACAAAUAUGCUCGAAAUUUCUGGAUUGCCCGAAAUAUCCCAAAAGGAUGUUAAAAAAAAUGUUGAAACAGUAGCAGUUUCCAUAAAUGUUAACGAAAAAGAUGUCCAGUCUUCACAACGCCUACCAGGAACUAAAAACAAGCCAGGAUCCAUUCUCGUCGAACUCAAAUCUAAAAUUUCCCAGGAGCAAUGGAUAGAAUCCAGUAAGAAAAAAACCAUAACUCUAGGACAAGUGCUACAAGACAUCCCCAAGGAAGAAGCAGAGAACCGCAUUUUUAUAAGGGAAGCUUUAAUUAAAUACCAAAAAACCUUACUGUAUGAAGCUAAAUCUCGGUUACUUAAUAAAGUUUGUCAAUAUGUGUGGUGUAAAAACGGAAAAAUAUGUGCCAGAAAAACAGGUACUAGCAAAAUAAUUUACAUUCGCAAUAAUCAGGAUAUCUGUUCAAUUGAAAAAGAAUAUUCGACUCAAAUUAAUAGAUCAAUCGCAAACUUGUUAAAAUCUUCAAAAAAGAGCACGAGAUGUCCAGAUAACAUCAAAAUUUCCGACAUAAGGAUUGCGGGUCAAGAUGUAGCAUCUAGUAUUGCAGACCUAAUAAAUUGUAGCGUUAAAACCGGCCUAUACCCUGAUGAUCUGCAAGUAGGCAGCGUGAGACCCAUUCAUAAGAAGGGUAAACGUAACGCGUACACCAACUAUCGCCCCAUCACACUGUUAUCUACUAUUGAUAAAAUUGUAGAGAAACACAUACUCAUAUUCUUGUCCUGGAAACAACCUACACGGGAAAGUGAUGACUAA